GAUAGAGGAUGCGCCACUAACCAAAUGAAGUUGGGUCCCGUAAACGAAGUUUGAAAAAAAAAACAAAAAUCGGAAACUGCCGGGCUCGCUGGCCGGGCUAUUACUAUGCAAGCAUUGGUGAAUGACACGAAGCGUUUGACAAGUACUUCCAUGUUCAAGUUGACAGAAAAAUGUUCGGCAAUACUUUGAGGGCUCCGGAGCUGUUGAAAAAUAAGGGCAUAACAUUCGAGGCAUGGAAGAAGUGGGACAAAACUGCAGAGACGUUACCGCACAAGGGCCAAAAGCAGUAUGAACCGAAUAACUCUUGGCUACAGAAUAAACAGAUAGAAAAGGGACUUAAGGAUCGCAAGGACUUACUUGGAAUAGAGAGGGUAGAACGUAGUUCUCAGCUUGCCACAGCCGAGUGGUUACCACUAGAAUCAAGGGCUCGUGUCACCAAAAAGUCUGGUCAGGAGUGGACUAAUUUUGGUCUUGAAGAGAAUCUUGAACUGUAUCUGAUCCCAGAGGAGGCAUUGCUUCUCCUUGAGCUGAAUCGUCUGGAACUAACAUGGGAGGGUGUUGCGCUCUCUGUCCAGCAAGCAUAUGUAGUUCUUUUGGAAUCUAAUCCAUCAAAGUGUAACAUAGAUGAGUAUAGAGUAUACAGUCACUUGGUACGUCAAGGUUACCGGUUACAAAGAUUUCGUUACGAAGAUGAUUCAGUCCUAUCUGAUAUGAAUAAUCCUUCUCGGCGAUGGGCGAAAUUAAAAAGGAAAAAACAGAUUCAUGACCCUCGGGGCGGUUUUGGAAUGACAAGAGCUCGCAUGAGUGUAGCUGAUUCUGAUGAAUCAAUCAAAAAUGAUUCAACCGAGACUAUACAGGAUUGUAACCCAGUCGAGAGAGGUCAGGAUAUGGUGGAUAAUACAAACGACAAGCACAAUAUCUGCAGUCUUAGAACGGAAAAAUCAGACGAAUAUCCGACUUCAAGCCAACCUGGCAAUAAUAUAAAAAGCAGGUCGGAAAUAAACAUGUCUAACAGUUCAGAAACUUGCACUCGUGAGAAUAGUGAAGGUACCAAUAAAGUUGAGAAAAUAAUAGCACCGCUCGGGACUAAUGUGGAAACUGCAUUUCUGCCAGAAACUGAAAAAUAUACUUUGGAUGGUGCCAAGACAAGUACGAAAAAGUUACCGAGUGAGUUAUAUGACAAAGGAGUUGAAAAUCUACCGGGUCCUAGCAAUGUGGAGGCUAAUAAAAGAGCCGAUAACCAGGGACAUCACACCAAGUUGAAAAUCAUUUCUGAUGAGACUAUUUUAGGUGAUAUCAAAAUAUUAUCGAAAUGGCCAGGUUCACGAAUACAAAGAAAUGUAAAAUGGAUGCCAAAACGAAACACUAGUGGAGCUCUGCUCCCAGUGACCGAAAGAAAAUCCAGUGGCUGCACUAUUAACGAUAUCAACAUGGAUGGUGUAUCACCGCUGGAAAGUCUACAUUCAAGGCUUGGUGGAGUACCAAAAUCUUCUCGAUCAGACAAGGACCUUGAAAACGUAGAAAGACCAAAGAAAGUCAUGCAUGAGGUGAUUGAAGUUUCUGAUGAUGAGAUCGAAGAGGUACCACAGAAGAUGUCAAGAAUGGAAAUGCUAAAUCUCUUUCCAAAUGUCAUGUGUGAAGCAUCAUUACUUAAACCGAUCCCUAGAAAGUAUUUACCCUGUAAUGUCAGACCUCAACUAUCAGCAGUUCGAAGGCGAUCAAAGUACUAUGUCCGUUCAAAAAGCAAGAAUGACGACUCACAUGAAAAUAACUAUAAUACAUUACCAGAGGUCCGAUCGCGAUUGGCAAAUGAUAUGCCUGGAUCAAUUUCUUGUAGUAAUACAAUUUCUCGCAAUGAAUCUGCUCAGGUUAAUUUCAAUGGAAUUUCAGUAAAUUGCAGAAAUGAAGUUUCAUGGCAAGGUUUGUCCUUCUCCAAAGAAUUAUAUGAAAGUCGAAUGAUGUACCAACGAUGUUACAAUCAAGGAGCAUACUCGCGAAGUUUACCUAAUUACGCAGUGUUCAGAGAACCGGAACACGUCUCUGUACAUUUGCGUACUUAUACAGACAUUGCUAUAGCGCAAUAUAUUUCGGGAAGGUCACCAUUUCUUAGACGCGGCUUUUCUCAUCGUCAAAAUAUUUGGUCCAAUAUGAGUUAUUCUCAUGCCGGACAAAAUUUUUUAAAUCUCACACCUCGAAUCCUUUGUGACAGAGUGUCUGCUUACAAUGGCUUUAGCCACUUUGGGAAUUCAGUACCUCAAAGACCAACUUAUAGUCAUAAAAGAGGGUGCGAUGUAUUUAGGUAUUCGAGUCGGAAACAUUAUCCAAACCGGGCAGCAGAAAUGGGUAGGCCAUCUUUUAAAAUUGUUCCCGGCGCUUUAUCAUGGGCCGAAACUAAAGCAAAAUGGUUAGAAGAAAAGACGAUAACAAUUGAUGAUGAAGAGUGUGUAAAUAAUAAGGAUUCAUCAAGCGACGAAAGUGAAGUAAAAGUGGUGGCACAGCUGGUGAAGCCAUUAGUAGGUCCGCAGAAUACGACCAGUCUGACGAGAGUUUACCAAAGCCUGCAAAUUAUAAAAAAUAUUACGAAUAGCAAUGCUGUACGUCCAAGAAAGCUAGAACACGUUAACUACAAAAUCUCUUAUAAUUUGUACUCAACUGGUCAGCACUACAAAAAAGCAAGUCCUGGUACACCUAUGUAUAGGGUAGUUGUGUUCAGACCUGAGUUGACUCCGUUCAUUGAAUUGGCAGAGAUAAUACGUCUUCAGCAAGAUGCCAAAGAGUCGCCCAUAGUUUUCGCUUGUGCGUCGCAAACGUCAGUCACGUUUGCUGAGCUGGAGACUAUAAAGAUACCUGAUAUUACGGAUAUCUGAUUUCUCAAAGGCAUUCCCUUUCAUCAGCACGGGAUUUUGUUCGGUGCAUGUGCUAAUAAUUCGAUUAUGUUCUUCAAGUUUUACAUGGAUGUAUCUUGUAUCUGGAAUUAUGUCUGAUCGUAUAUAGCGUAAAUUUUCGACGAGAACUUCGACUUUCGUUCGUUUGUAAUGCGAAAUUCGUGGAAACCAGCAGUAAAAAAAAAAAACUUUCUAUAUUGGAGAAAAACACUUGACAACGUUAUCAACAAUUUUUUGAAUGAAUCACGACCAGCAAGAUGUAUCAGGGCAUAUGGGUAUAUGCGACGAAAAUUGACUUCUGAUUGCAAAGAGAAAUUUUUCUUGCUUCCGGAAGAAUGAAAAAAUUAGUACAGGUUCACUUUUUAAUUCCAAAAUUUGAGAGAAGUUUUUUCCUGUGGUUUCGACAAAACUUAAUUUAUUCAUGAGAGCAAUGUCAAAAUCGAAUUAAUGAGUUCCCCUUCAUAAUUUGAAUGCAAUGUAUUUGUGUCUUAGGAUACACUGUCAAUGAGAUCAAUUCAAUGGUGAACAAUACAUCGGAUGAGUUUCCAAGAGAGUUGGAUGUAGUUUUGUUUGCAAUAGACGUAUACCCAGGAACUCAAAAAUCGCCGCUGACAUGGGAUCAACUAUUGUGAAAUAAAGAUCAAUGUGUGAGAAAUUAAA